AUGGCUAAGAGUCACUCUCAAAUAACUUCAGGCUCUCCAUUUGAAAGUGAUAUUUGUUUCUCACGGGCGAUUGUGGAUGGUCCAUGGAUAUUUGUCUCUGGUUGUACCGGUUAUAAUUAUUCAACAAUGAAAAUAUCUGAUGAUGUUGUAGAACAAGCGGAACAAACAUUUAAAAACAUUGAACAAGUAUUAGACCAGGCGGGCAGUUCAUUUAAUGACGUUGUGCGUGUUAGAUACAUCCUUACUUCUCGUGAUGAUUUUAAACCAUGUUGGCCAGUAAUGCGGAAAUAUUUGGCGAAAGUAAAACCAGCUGCUACAAUGUUUAUUGCUGCUGGUCUACUCGACGAGCGAAUGAAAUUUGAAGUCGAAGUUACAGCAAAAAAGGCGAAUGUUGAACAUCAAGCUUGA